AUUCAAGAAACAUGGCACUAUUCAGAAUGGUUCAUUUCAGCGAUCUAAAUAUUUCGUGGCAACAGAUAUGGAUUCUUCAAUUCUUUAUUGACACUGAGGCAGGGUCUAGAUUCGAAAAACAUGGUACCAUUGAAAUGGUUUCAGCAAUCUGUCAAUAUUUCGUGACAACAG